CGAGAUUAACGCUUCUAAUUACAAACAGUGCAAUGUAAUGGCCAGCGCUUGGCGGAAGUAUUGGCGCUAGAUGACUCACCGCUCGGAUUGAGAAGUGUAAAAAAGAAUCAACGCUGAUAAGGUCGGGGAGCACGCUCUGGCACGUAGAAACUGCAGGAAGGCGAUAAGAGUUGUGCAAACCUCACACCAACACAUACAUGGAGCGGGAUAAACACCGCUUAACUCUCAACUAAUCUUUAGUGAUGCUAUCUGCUAAAAGGCUCUUCAGGUCACGUGAACCCAAGUACAAAUUAAAAGUUCUGAGUGAAUUGGCUAGCACAAUUGAAAUUGACAAAGACAUACCCUUGAAGCGGUACAUCAGGUCUGGCAAGGAGAUGUUGCGAUCGGCUGAAGUAUAUCACAAGGAAGGAGACAUCGAGAGAAGCUAUAUGCUUUAUAUCAAGUAUAUCACACUGUUUGUAGAAAAAAUAUAUGAUCACCCUGCUAUGAAGGCACCUCCAGUACCUGAGUUGGCCGAAGUAAAGAAGAAAUUGAAUGAAGUUUUUCCUAUUGCCGAAUAUUUGAGAGCUCAGAUCUUUGAAAAGUACACCGAAGAGUACAAUAUUUUACUCAGAAACAAGGAAAAAGCAGAUGCCGAAGCAGCACUUGAGGAAGAGCGUAGACAGAAAGAGCAGCUGGACCAGCUUAUGUAUGAACAACAUGAACAAUUCGCGUUGCAGCAACGACAACAACAGGCAAAGAUGGCCCAGCCUAAGAGGCCAGAGAUUCAGCUGCCCCCGCCUGGUGGUAUAUCUCCUUCUAAUGUUUACCCAGUGCUCCUUGAGAUGGAGAAUGGUGUUUGUGGCACUCCUCGGCCCAAGACGCCUCCUUUCCCAACUCUGAGCGACAUUGAAGUGCCAGACAUUCCUCCUAGGGCUUCAAAACCUUCUGCUUUUCCCUCGGCACCUGUGGAUGUGGUAAGGAGGGCAAUUCCAGCCGUGGAUCGGAGCACGAAGCCGUUGCCGUUGCUCAGUACAGAGCCCUACUAUUCUACGGCCCAGGGGCUACGAACUGUUGUUUUGCCAGGAAGCCUUGUCUCCAAGUUUCUUCACAUUGCUCGACAAAAUACUGAGAAGAAUAUUGAGACGUGUGCUAUUAUGGCAGGAAAGUUAGCAAAGAAUCAGCUGAGCAUCAGCCACCUUUUGGUACCAAGGCAGUCUGGAACUGCCGAUGACUGCUGCACGGAAAGUGAAGAAUUAGUGAUCGGGUUUCAGGAUGAGCUGGGCCUUGACACGAUUGGAUGGAUACAUACCCACCCAACACAGACUGCUUUUUUGUCCAGUGUAGACCUCCACACCCACUGCAGUUACCAGCUGAUGUUGCCUGAAUCUGUGUCAAUAGUGUGCGCUCCAAAAUAUGAUGAGAACAAAAUCUUCAGCUUGACUUUUGAUCAUGGUUUGCCAUUCAUCUCUGGAUGCCGUGCUACUGGUUUCCAUCCACAUCCUAAAGAGCCACCACUGUAUGAGGAAUCUAGGCAUGUCAAGGUGGAUGACAACGCAGCGAUCACAGUGGUGGAUUUUCGAGGAUGAAAAUGAGCAUUCAGGUGAAUGUGGAAGUGUGCAUCCAGUGUAAAAAAACAAGAACACAAGAGAGACUGUACAUUUUUUUGUAUUUUCUGUCUCCGGAAAGAGGGGUUGUUUAGGACACUCACUGUUUUGUUAAUCUCAGUGCUAGUCAUAACUGCAUACUUUGUCCUCUUGUUGUGCCUGCAUCGUUAUUGACGUCAACAUCAAUUGUGAAUAAAAGCUUUGCAAAGAAGCCAUAGCCUAGGAAUAUUAACAAAACAAAACAAAAAAUGCUUAGGAGAUACUGGUGAUUUAAAUUCUGUGAAGGUGGUGCCAUAUUCUGUACUGAUUAUUUUCAGUGCUAUUAUUUCCAGCAUGUGCCACUUGGCUGUAGGAGCAGCUAUGACAAUCGAGGAUUGUAAGCAUGUACACACACCUACAAAUGGCGUUGUUUUUGCAGUGAUGUUCUUCAAAUGCUCUGAAAAGGGGUCAACGAGUAAAGCAAGUGCCUCUUGCUUAUCUCUUCCCAGUUGGACGUAGGUCUCUUUACUUAUGAAACUCAUUUUCGGCGUAUUAGUCGCACCUACAGCCUGUAUGCCAAUCUUUGAUAAACUUUGUUAAGUUAAAUUUUUUGUAUGACUCUCCUCUUGACUUGCUGACUGUGCAGUGCCAAUUAGAGUACUCAAAAUUGCUUAAAGGGGCCCUGAGCUGCCUUUAUUUAAUAUCUCGAAAAUGUUGUGGAAGGAGCAAGUUUACUCUCAAAAGCGUGUGACCGAGAAUAUUUUUUGAAAACCUGGUAUGAACAAAGCUAUUAUUGACACAGUGUUUUUUUAUUUAGCAUCCUCCCGCAGUGUUCUUCAGUCCGAAGGAGUGCUUGCCCACCUGUGGUGUUGUCUUAUUCUUCUUGGAUUAGUGUGACUGAGCUUGGGUUUUAGAUGUGAGGGUGUAACACUUACGAAAGUUUUAAAUGCUAAUGUUUGGAUGUUUGACUACUGCAGCCUGUUUAGUUGAAGAUGUCAAUAUAUGCAGUAACACUAGGAAGGAGGGAACUCACGUAAGCAUCCUGCCUGUUUAAUGCCAUGCAUUGGCCAGUGGGACUGACAAAAGAGCCGUGACAAAACAAGCCGCUUGCGUUGAGCGACUGUAUUCGAGCCAAUGAUUUUGUUUUUUGGUCAGCUGAGCUUUGAAUGGAGCUGCAAGAGUUUGCUUGAGUUCAGCAUUGAAAACUGAACGAUUUGCAGUGGCUGAAGCUUGGGUAAAUGAUGACGGUUGCAAUCUACGAAGCACGUGAAGUCACACAUGCCUUUCAAAAUGGCAGUCACCGAUUGUGGGUUGGGUUUAAAGCUGGUAACUUCUAGGGCUCAUUUAGUGCCGUAAUAUUUCACAGUCCAUUUUCUAUAUUUCUGCAGGCACAAUGGACCUUUUACUUCUUUUUUUUUUUUGGUAAAAACCACAAUUCAGCGGCUUACCGUGUCUUGGCCCCUUUAAUUAUUCAAAUCCGAGCAUUUGCUCGUUCAUCCCGACGAGAGUGGACGUCCAUGCCUCUUGCCGAAAUCUAGGGCGUGAUUUAAAUUUCAAUUGAGUGUCAGCAUUGAAUUCUGCUAUUCAACCCUUUCAGACGCCACCUAUGAAGAACUGUUUGUAAACGUAUCGAAUCGUUACAACAUUAUUGCAAGGCACUCAAUAUGCUAUUAUGACUAGAAUAAUGAGAUAAUUUUUGAAGUUAGGGGUGUUAUAACUCAUCUUAAUUAAAUUUUAAUUGAAUAUCUCUUUGCCUUAAAAUCGUAGAUGCUUACUUUUCGCAUAAAUAAAAUAAGCUUUCAAGCAAGGAAUGUAGUGCAAAUUUAUUUCAUGUUAUGUUCAUUUUGGGCACAGCAUAAUUCUUUUCACAUUGCUUGAAGGAAGGGGCACGUCGCACAACUCGUCAAACGUGGUAGUGCCUUCAGAAAAGUGACCAUAUGUACCACUAAACUACAAAAUGAGGUUAGAUAAAGACUAAUUUAGUAUGCAGGAGGUUCAAUUCAUUCAAAGUAUAAGAUACCUUGCUUUUUCCUAGUAUCUACUUGAUGCAAAUAGUGAAGACGAGUAAUGUACACAAUUGUGUACAAAGCAUUUCAAAGGGUUAAUGCUCUGGUUCAUACUGGUGGGUAUUCUCAGCACCCUGCAUAUUCCCACCUGUAGAAUGGAGUUGCUGUCCAUCUGGUUCGUGACAUCAUUCUAGAGUGCUUGCUCAUUUGUGCAGGCUCAUGGUCAUCUUUUCUUUUUUUUAAUUCAAGUACCCUAAAGACCUGAGCAGGCAUUAUAUAAGGGAUUUGCAAUGAAUCGGUUACAGUCACAAAGUACAUAUUCAAACCGGUAAAACAUAAACACAAUAAAAAAAGUAAUACUACAUGUAUUCAAACUAGUAGUUCAGCAACAAAGCACAUAUUUAGUUGGAACAAGAAAUAAUCGGAACAUACACGUAUACGUACAUAUAUCCACAUAACACAUACAAUUUAUGAUAGUUUAUUUGCACCGCAGUGGAUAAAUGAAAGUAAAGCAGCAUAAGAAAGAAAAGAAAAAAAGAGAAUAGAGUUCCCAAGGAACUAAUAGUUAAAUUACAAAAGCUUCGCUUUGUAUAGCAAUUGGAUGUACAAAAACAUUCUAACUUGACGUGAAAAUAACCUUUAAGCUUUUUGAAAAAAUCAUAAUUAUAGAAGAAACUGCUAUAUCUGCAGGUAACUUGUUCAAUGAUAUAUUGUGAGGAAGAGGGGGGAUUUACUUCAAUUGUUUCUGCGUGCAAGAACGAGUUGCACUUUAAAGGGGUGGUCAAGGUGUGGGAAGACGCGAUGGGCAGGUCUAAUUUGGCAUGCGCUGAGAGAUAAACUUGAGGGAUAAAGUUUGUGGAAUGGAGGUAGAAGUGCUACCAAUCUCCUAUUUUCUAGUGGGGUUAGAUGGAGAGAUCUGUUUAGGUUGGUUAUUCUACAUGUUCGUGAGCAAUCUUUUGCAAUGAAAAGGAUGCCCUAUUUGGACUGUCUCGAGUUUGUCGAUCAGGUAAGAGGAAUGCGGGUGCCAAAUAAAGGAUGCAUAUUUUAUUUUUGCACGAUCCGAUGUCGUGUAAGCUUAUAAUGCAGUAGACGUUUUUGUCAAGUAAAUGUUAAACCUAGGGUUUAGCAUGCAGUGCUGCAGUCUGCUUUAAUAUGAUCAUUCCAUGAAACAUUAGAUGAUAAAUGAACACGCAAGCAUUUUAUUGUAUCCACAUGUGCAAUUGUAGUUGCAAUACUCGAGGCAUUGCCAAGUUGAACUUUAAUGCAUUCUUUCAAAUAGUAUUGCUUUUAACUUAACUUUGAAGUUUAGAAGUUUGACAACAUCAGGUCGAGUGUGAUCGGGUUCACGUUGGCCGAUUCAGUGGGCUUGCUCAAUUUUACCUGGUUGAAUUUCUAAGAUUUCAGAACGAAUUUACGAAUCAGUUUUUCUGUAUCACACUAUUUUUUAGCUGCUUGCUCAGGAACACUCUUGAACACAAGAUUAUUGUGCCUCGUUCUAUUAUUUAAGUCAUCCUCAACAAGGUUGCCUUGUUGAGUCUGUUUUAGCUCAGUACUUUUCAGCUGCCCUUGUGAUUCUUGCAGAAUAGAGCCGACAGCCAUCAUGUUUUCAUAUAAGUUGUCAACACUCACAACGCGCUCCUCAAUUUUGGAGAGACAUCUUUUGAUGUCUGUCACAGUAGUGCGGAUGUCUUUUAGCUUGUUCAUCACUUCCUUUUGAAAAUGUUCAUUUGAAGCAUUGAGUUUCUUUAGUAGAGAAAGGGAAAAAACACAAGCAGUAAAUGUCCACCCACGAAGUAUCAGCGACUAAAUGAGCACGAACAGAGCCACACACAACUACAUAUUUCCGUAAUUUUUCUUCGCUUAUUGAAACAGCCGAUUCGAGCGUGGUAUGUGCACACAUUAAUAUACCUAUACUUAGUUACUUAUUCGUGCAUUGACAUUGUGCUAUGGGGGAUAUGCAGCCAGUUACAAACUACAAAAAGUAAGCAAGUUGCUACACACUCGCCUAGAAAACACUUUAUUAGCUUGAGGUUUUGGGCUACAAAUCUCCACUUGGGUGGCUUGAAUGAUCUUUUUGAGAGCUGGGCUUAUCUGAGGGCGCUUAAAGUAAUGAGUAGUUCAAGCGGUGGGCACUGGCAGCACUGGUAUGAAGCUGAUUGCCUCAGAUGAAAUGGUGAUUGCAAGUCAUGGCGCAAGGUAUAUGGGCAUGCCACAUCUCCAGGUGGCACCCUGCAAGACCAACGCAACUCAGCCGGUAGCAUUAAUCCAACGCAGCCUUUGAGGAGGGAAUACCGCAGCUUUCUAAACUUGUAUUCAACACAGAGCAGGGAAGUGCUUUAUCCAGAAAAGUUUUCAAUUUUUUUCAGCUUUUUAGCUUGGCAUUCAUGAUAAAGUUUUGCACAAAUACUUUUUGUUAUCUUUUUGUUUUCACGGUCUCUUUGAUUGACUGAAUUUUUCUGUAGACGCCUGCAAAAUGGAUCAAGGUUGGGGAUAAGUAAAAUUAUUAUUUACCCAACUCUAGCACGAAGCUGCAAAGAAAACUCCUACUGGCUUCCUGGAUCUCACUUGCUUGGGAAUUGUAAGUGCAAUGUUUUAGCGAAAUGUUGCCGAGUAGAUGUUCCUUUAUUUAGCUCUGAGUCUUGGGGCUAUUAAGGGCAUAUUGGCUGGUAUGUGUGAGCACAGUACUUGUCUGAUAGCAUCUAUUAUAUAAUGUUGUACAAAGCUAGCUGUUUUUCUUCCUACAGUCAGUGGUUUCUAUACCCAAAUAAAACUUUUAGCAGGUUUUUUGCGAAAACUAAAAAGCAAUAUGAAGUGUACUCAUGUCGCUGAAAGUGAUCAUUUCAGAGUAUGGCUUCUGCUAGGUGAUGUUUUUAGCUUCAACACCUGAGGAAGAAUUGUCUGCAUCUCAUGGGAGGUCUUAUAGAGCAAAUAUUUAUAAUUAUAUUUCACGUUCAAUUUUUGUGAAACUAUCUUUUAAUGCUAGAUUAUAAGGAGUAAGGUGCCACUGGACCAUGGGGUUGGCUACCAGUAACGUUCACUAUAAACUUCUCAUUUUCAAGGCCAUCUUUCUAUGCCUUUAUGCCACCUUUGGGCCGUCGUGAGUUUUGCUACGUGUGUAUAUUUGCAAGGGUGCGUGAAAUAUGAUUUGGACAGGUUCACUUUAUAAAAUUGUUGCUGUGUAAAUGGCUCAAGUUUGUGGGCCUUCGAAAGCUGUGAGGGCUGAGGAUUUCAAUUUAGUGGAAAUAUUUCAUUCAUGUGAAAAUACUCUUCUGAGCAUUAUAGUUUAUAGGUGGUAAUCAAGUGCUUCGAUUGAUUUUUUAUGUUAAAGACUUCAGUGGGGUACUGUACUGACAGAAUGAAAUGCGACAGGAAAACAAGCAUAGAUUCUGGUGACUCACUAUGCUGCAAACCUGUAUCUAGGCGCGCAAGCCAAAAUUUUUCUCAAUUGCAGUAGUAUGUAGAUAAUAGAAACCAAAAUAAGCGUAAUAUUUAACCGUUGACUGCCACAUUUUAUUCCUUGAACCUAGUAUACAUUGCAAUAAAAUAAAUACUAAUCUAGACUCUAUUGUGUGCUAUCCAAUAACUUUUUCCAACCAGCACAUUGUCUUAUGGAUUGGGCUGUUUUUUUAUUUUUUAUUUUACUGCACCUUUGUUUACUGGCACAACAUAAUUAUACUUAUUUCAUGGCUGAGGUAAUCAUUGCGUAGAAUGGUCAUGUGAGGUUGUACCAUGGGGAAGAAGUUCUCUCUCUCUCUGUGAAUGUAAUGUGUGUGUCUCAAAGUGAUAUUUUUGGUGAAAAGUCAGAGGAAAAGUGGCAUUUUUUUUAUUGAAGCUCAACUGCAACUAUAUUUUAGACUUCGAAGGAAGCUUAGUAGUAGUAUAGAUAUAGGGAAGCUUCCAUGCAAAAUUGUAUGCUUGAAAUAAAAGUAAGUAUUGUGAAAAGGCUGCAAGAACAGCUAUUUCGGGUUCUGAAACUGAUAUAAAAAAAAAAGGACAUGAGUUCAGGAAUAAGUAAUCUUCCAUGGGGCACUCAAACACAUUAGAGGUGGCUGGCCGAAACUAGCACUAUUAGUGAAAACCACGAUGUGUACACAGCGUCACUUAGGAAUGAGAAACAUACGAUGCCAUUAACAGCCCCAUGGUUUUGCUAGGAUUGCUUCAGGGAAUCUAUAUCAUGUGUGCGUAAUAAAGUUCACCAAAGGGAAAUUUGGUGGCAGUCAGCCUUUAAGAUUAGGCAUUUUAAGGAUUUGAAUGACUUUAAGAGCAUAGCAUUUUAAGGAUUUGAAUGGCUUUAGGAGCAUAACAUCUUAAGGAUUUGAAUGGCUUUAGGAGCAUAACCUAAUUAAAUUAGUGUGUACAGUUAUCUUGUUUUCACAAAUGCUUUUGUUUAUUCUCAAACCAAACACCUUCUUGUUUGGAAAGCUGGCAUUACUGCUGGUUGGCAAAGACGUACAACCUUAAUUAGGAUGUAGAAACUUUUUUCGCCUAAUGACUGCGCUUAUGUUGUGCUUUGCCUGACUUCUUGCCGUGUAUGCUUAGUAAGGCAAAAGUAUUGUUGCAAAAAUAUUUUAGAGGCUGAUUUGUGAGACUUUGGUUGAUAGAAUAUAAUAUAGGUGCUAUAGGCUUCUGUGAAACGUAGAUUCAAUUGUUUUAUGGAAUGCAUUGUGGGAAAGCUGAGACUGAUUUAGUGCAGUAAAACAUGGUGCAAAUAAUAUAAAGGAGCCAUUAAGCAACACCACCAUGAUGCGGGUAAUAUCUACAAGUUCCACAAGGUUCAUUGAUAGCUUGAGUGUGGUUUGUUUUUAAACAUGUUACCAAGGCUGAGUGGAAUAUUAAUGGUAGAUCAUCAUAUUCAUACCCUAUGUGAAUAUUUUUCUGUGCAUUGCAUUUGAAUGAUUGGUGCAUUCGAGCAGGUUUCCUCAUGAAAAAGUUAGACAGGUUAUUACUUUAAAGUAAAAGUAAUAAUAUAAAUAAAAGCAGUUUAUUGUGAACUUGCACACAUUUUUUAUGCAGAAUUUUGUGUGAAUACAUUCCUGUCAACCUCGAUAUAAUAAACACACGAGUUUUUGACAAA